AUGGGACAAUACGUAUCACAAGUGCCUGUGGACCCAAGGUAUAACGCAGAAGAAGAACUGAAGACUGCGGGCAAAUGGAGAGUUGGGCGAGAGAGGAUAUACCUGAUUGCCGCCGUAAUUGCCAUUAAUUUCAUGUUUAUCUUUGCGACCUGGAGGUGGCCGAUGUACUACUACAUCUAUCUGCCAUUCAUCACCAUCACUGUCUUCCUAAACUCCGUCAUGGUCUGCUCUCUAGUGUUGAACGCCAUACGGUUUAGUAUAUGGAAACCAAAAAAACUCGUACCAGCAAAGCUUGAGGAUCUUGUGUAUCUUUUGCCGUGUUACAACGAAACACCACAAGAGCUCACAAAGUCAUUGGACUCAUUGGUAGACCAAAUCGACGUUGACCAGCACAAGAAGGCGGUCAUCAUCAUUGUAGAUGGUCGAGUACGUGGGCCUGGCAUGGAGAAGACAAGUGGGGAAUUUCUCCUAGACGACCUGCUCCUCGACCGCAAGUCACGGCACUACAUCAAGGACGCGUAUAUCACGUGGACCCAUGAACAGAUGGAUGUGGAAGUCCAACAAGGCACGUACCGAGGACUUCCCUACUAUUGUAUUGUCAAACAGCAAAAUCAGGGCAAACGCGAUAGUCUCAUUGUCUUACGGUCCUUUCUUUACAAGUACAACCUUCGUACUGAGAAGCCGAAAGUCAUCCUCAGCCCCCAAUUCUUUGGGGAAAUGGCUUCAUUCCUUGCUUCGGAUUCUGGAAUUGCGCAUGCCGACUGCCUUAUUGGUAUGGACGGCGAUACAAUAUUCGAAGAAACCUGUGUUUCGGAGCUUCUCAAAGAAAGUCGCUACCCUAACACAGUUGGCGUCUGCGGCUAUGUCUCCGUCGACUUCACAGGCAGCCAGUGGGGUCUGUGGAAUUUGUACCAAUCAGCAGAGUACACCAUCUCGCAGGGUCUCCGCCGUCUACAUCAAUCCAUGGUGACCAACAAAGUCUCAUGCUUACCGGGAUGUUGCCAGCUGCUCAAGGUCUGCGAAACCACCUGCGGAGACAAGAUACUCAUAGAUCUCUUUGGAUACUGUCCGAAGCCGACUGACAGUUUACUCAAACACACACGAGCCACAGCUAGCGAAGAUCGGAAUCACGUUUGUCUCAUGCUUUCCGCCUUUCCCAAGGCACAGACUCGACAAGCACUUAGAGCACGUGCAUACACGGAUGUGCCUCAUUCAUGGUCCGUUUUCCUAUCGCAAAGACGACGCUGGACACUUGGAGCUACGUCUAACGAUCUGUUCCUUGUUUUUGCGCCUGGAAUCUAUUGGUUCGAGCGGAUCCUUGCAAUCGCCAAUUGUCUUGUCUGGUUCAUCAACAUAUUCGUCUUUGCCUCUCUCGGUGCGCUGAUCGCAGCGAUCCUUUUCGUUGAAGGAUGGAUCAUCAUGUGCUUUGCAUCCGUCAUGCUAGUACCAGUCACGUAUUACAUCUGCAUCAUAUUUUGGCUGCCGCGUACCUUUCGUGAAAAGGUUCAGUACGCCUGUGGAUGUCUGAUGUACAUCUGUGGCGGACCGUUCAUCAAUAUCAUGGUUCUCUGCUACGCUCUCUACUACGUCGACUCCUUUGGCUGGGGCAAGACCCGCAAAGUCGUCGCAGAU